ACUUUAUUAUUUUCUUGAAAAUAUAUUUACUUUUAAUUUGUAAAUUUUAGCUGGAAAAAUAAACUCAAUCCAAGAUUAAAUCGCAGUCGUUUGGAAAAGAAGAAGAAGAAUAUAUACAUGGAUUAAAAAUCAAGUCCAAUUAAUUGGGGAAAAUUAAUUAAUGAUAUUCAACAACGGCUCGGUAAAUUACGCCCCAAGAAUAAGAUCAAAAAUUUUUGGUACUCAAGAUGAAGACGCCACCAAGUAAAGAUGGUCUACGGGACCGGACCACGGUCCUGAUUAUUUGUGGCUUUUGGGGACCGACCAUCGUAAAUGUUUCUUGUAUUAAACAAAAAAACAAUAAUAUACUUAUACUAUAUACUAAGAAGACUGCGGUCCUAAAAAAGACCGUCGGUCUUGUUGAUCCAUCGGAUGAUCACGAGGACCGCAAAACCGAUGACCAUCUUUACCGCCAAGGCAGCCAAAUGAACCAUAACGUUCCUAAUAACAUCGACAAUUCCGGAUUUGUUGGUAAUGGUUAUCCUAAUUUACAACCAUUACCAAAUAUUAAUUCUAAUGCUACAACGAACUAUCCUACGACGUUUACUACUUUUGACUCGCAAUUUCCUUCUCCACCGCUCGAUUUUCAAACUGAAUUUGAAACGCCUGGAUUAAAAAUUAACAUAAAUAUUACACAAUAUCAACAUCAACAACAAAAUUUUCUAAAUAAUUCGGUCAUGUUCCCUAAUACAACUGAAGCUUCAGCUUCAUUCUCGUAUGCGCAGUGCAUCGGCAAUUUGGCGCAGCAGUUUAUAUCUUCUCCACAAUCUGAAACUUUUAGAACCUUUAGCUUCGAAUUUUCUGGGUUCAAGAUAAAAAUUACUGUUGAGCCUACUUCCAAUCCAAUGUUUCAACGAGAACAACAAUAUAAUUACCCGCAGCAACAAAAUCAAUAAAAUAUUUAAAAUAGCUUUUAUUUGAUAUAACAAUCCUUAUUUUUGAUUUUAAAAUUGUUUUCUUUAUUUUUGCUUAAUUUGUAUGUACAAUGUAUAUACUAUACUGUAAGAAUGAAACAU